CCUUCACUUUACAGAGGGAGACUGGGUACAACACUACCUCUCCCCCGUGCUCUGUGUGUCCACGACCUAAAUCCCACUGCCAUGUACUUUUUGAUACACAAGGUGACUGUUGAAAUUUGCCCCCAGAGGGACAUACUGCUUUGUCUGCUGUGAGAGAGAGGGACAUGUACUGCUAUUUCUAUUCAGACAGAGAGGUAGCGAGCACAAAAUGUUGGGAGAGAUGCUGUGGACCCCAAAGAGCCAAACUUUACUUUACAUUCUUGCAUACAUCUUACUGUACAUGUGUGUUGUCAGUGUGCAAGUUCUUU